AUGUCCCAGCCCUCGAGCUCCAGCAGCGGGCCUUCGACGCCGUCCCACACCAUCGUCCGCUCUGGUCUCCCCACGCCCUCCGGCAUCGCCCGCCGUUCGUCGCUCGCGGCCAACAGCAGCCCCAUUGACAGCCCAGACACUGCCUACAAAAAGCAGUCGCUCGCCGAGGCCAUCUCCCGGAACGACCCGGCAAAGUACCGCAGCGCUACGAGCACCAGCAGCAAUGGCGACUCAGCAGAGGCCGACCGGGGAUCGCCGAUCCUGACGGCCGGCAAGCUCCCCAGGCCAGGCAUGAUUGGAAGGCGGUCGACUGCAGGUCUACGGCCUCGCUCCGAGACGCCGACGGGACUGCCGGUUCCGCAAGGCUCGCAGCUCUCGCCGCCCAGCCUGCCUCCCCACAGCCGUGCGGCCUCUGCCGCUUCUAGCGUCGAUGGCAUCGGUGGCUCGCCGUCCAGGUCCAGGAGCCCGCUGGUGCCAGCCGGUCGACCCAACUUGAGCGCCAGCGUCUCGAUUCCUCGCGGUCUGGCCACGCCCAAGCGGCUUUCGGACAUCCACGGCCGCACCCCUCCCGCAGCAGCGGCAGCAGCAGGGUCGGGCUCGGCUGCCAGUACCGCUACGCCCGGGCUUCCUUCGCACGCUGCGGCAACGAUCGCCUCCAGAGCGCGAGAACAGCCUUCAAAGCUGGCGCGGAGGGGCAAGGACCUCGAGAUUGGAGACAUUGUGAUUAUGGAGGGCCAGGACCUCACCGGCGUGCUCCGCUUCCUGGGCCCCGUGCAGGGCAUGAACGGCUCGUAUGCCGGUCUCGAGCUGAUUGGAGACUGCAUCGGCAAGGGCAAGAACAACGGCUCCGUCAAAGGCGUGCAGUACUUUGCCUGCGCCGACGGUGACGGCGUCUUCUGCCCGGUGCACAAGGUGGUGGCCGUCAGUGACUCGCCGCCCAAGGAUGCGGUGGCGAGGCCUGCGUCGGCCAUGUCGAACCGCUCCUCGUCGCGCCAGUCAGACGUCUACGAGCGGCCGCCGUCGACCACACCGGGUCGCAGGCGGGCGAGCACCGUGUCGCGGCCGCCGUCCACGACGCCCUCCCGCGCGUCAUCUAGGGCGAGCGUCAGGCCGCCUUCGGCCACUCCGGGAAGCCGACCCGCCUCGGCCAUGAGCCUGUCGAGGCCGAGCAGCCGGCUGACUGCGCGCAAGAGCCUGGGCGCCAUCGCCGCCUCGCGCGACGACGACGACCAGGAGCCGCAGCGCCGGGCCAAGACGUCGGCCGAGUACGCCGCCGCCGCCGAAAAGCGCAUCACCGAGGGUUCUCGCGCGCACAAGCUGCUCGGCAUGACGGCCAAGGACCUGCAGCAACGGAGGAUUGCCGGCUCGGCCGGUGGCAAGGUCAGCAGUAGGCUCGGAGGCAGUCCGGUCAAGGGUGCGCUUGCAGGUGCGCCCUCCAGCCCGCUCAAGAGCUCGCUGAUCGGGACCCGCACUCCGCGCAGCUCGCUCGUUGGUGGCGCACUCGGCGGGCCCGCAACCCCGGGCUUGCCCAAGGCGCGCCAGAGCCUCGGCGGCAUACCCACGCCUCGGGCAGCCAAAGGCAGGGUCUCAAUGUUCGCGCGUCCGCCGGGCAGCAACGGGGCCGCCGCCACGAUGCCGCCACCGCGGAGCCCGACAAAGGAUAGCUCACUCAGACCGGCGAGCGCGCUCUCGAUGCGUUCGUCGAGCCGCCUCAGCAACGUCCACUCGGCCGCUGCCGACGACGACGACGGCGACCCGAAUGGUGAGGCCGCGCCCUCGGGCCGGAACAGCAGCUUGGAUCGAGCGAGGGACCUGCUCGAGGCCAUGGAUCUGACCCCUCGACGCCCCGCAGCCGCCGCGGCGACCGGUUCUCGGCCAGGACGACACCAGCAGAGCGCCUCGUUCUCGGGCUACGGCACAGCAGUGCCAGACGAGCCGGCCUUCCAGCAGAACGAGUCGGUCGCCGAGGCCGUCGUGCCCCUCUCGCUGUACGAGGAGCAAGAGGCGGAGCUCGAGCGGCUGCGGACACAGGCCGAGGAGCUCGAAAAGAAGAACGCCGAGCUCACAAAGCUCCAGGGCGCUCGCAAGGCGCGCAUGUCCGAGAUCCGCUCCAAUGAGGCCGUGCUUGAGGAGGAGCGCGCCAAGAUGCGCGCCGAGGCGCGCGAAAAGGAGAGGGAGAUGGACGAGGAGCGCCAGAUUGAGCGCCAGGACGAUCUGCGCAGGCGCAAGGAGAUCGAGGACCGCGAGCGCGAGCUCAAGGAGCGCCUCGAAAGGCUCCAAGACGAGCACCUGAAGGCCAAGGGCGAACACGAGAGCCAGACGCGGGACCUCCAGGCCAAGCUGCAGGAGAGCGCCACGCUAGUCGACGAGAUGAAGCGCAGCCUCGAGGAGCAGGCGGUCAAGGAGGAGGGCGACGCCAAGGCCGCGCUCGAGGUCCAGCUCAAGGUCAAGGACGCCGAGAUCGAGAGCAUGCAGAGCGCCGUGCGGAGGCUCGAGGCCGAGCUGCAAAGGGAGAGGAAGGAACUCGGCGAGCAGAUCGACGAGCUCAAGGACGCGGGCAGGGAGACGAUCAGUCUCUACGAGCAGCGCAUCGAGGAGGUCGAGCACGAGAACCACGAGCUCCUAGACAACAUGAAGCUCCUCGAGCAGCGUGCGCAGGAGGCCAUCGGCGCCGCCGAGGCGCGGUACGAGGCCCUCGCCGGUCGCAACGGAUCGACGGCUCAGCCCUCGGCCGCGACCGAGAUCGACAACGAGAACCUGCGCGAGCAGGUGGCGCACCUCCAGGACCGGCUAGGCAACUACGAGGACCAGAUCGCCGAGGCGACGAUGGCGCUCGAGAAGGAGAAAGAGUACCUCCAGAAGAAAAAGGAGCGCGCGGUCGAGGUCGAGACCAGCCUCAAGAACGAGAUCAAGCGACUCAAGGCCGAGGUCGAACGCCUGGUCGCCGCAGAAAGGGAGGCCAAAGAGCGGUUCGAGGAGGUACACGCUGCGCUCGACGAGAGCAAGGCGGCGCACGAGACGGAACGAGCCGAGCUCGAGGUGCUACGGGCCGACGUGCAGAACAUCGAGUCGCUCAACGGCGGAAGCGUGCGGGGCUCGACGACCGCCAGGGACCUGAACGAGGCGCGCAAGAAGUGGGAGGCGGAAAAGUCGAAGUACGAGGCCGAGAUCAAGGCGCUGACCGACAAGCUUGGCAGCAGCAGCGGCGCCGCCCGCGAGGCGGGAGAGCGGUCGCUCGACGUGCCACUCUCGAGCCCGGGCCCCGUGGCCCGCGACGACAGCAGGAGGAUCUCGUCUGCGUCGUCGAUCUCGGUGACGAGCAACGACACCACCAACCGCCGCUCGAGCCGCACCUCGAUCAACGGCGGCAUGGCUUCGAGCGAGGCCUCGUCUGCCAAUCAGGUGUCGGGCCUCAACUACCUCGUCCGCCAGCUCACCGAAGAGAACGCCGAGAUCAAGAACAAGCACAAGAUGCUCGAGUCCGAGGUCAAGGACAAGCUGCGGGCUGCCGAGCAAAAGGCGCGCACGCUCGAGCUCACCGUCGAGGCGCUGCAGGGCGGCAAAGCGGCCGGCGGCGGCGGCAACGAUGCCGAGGAGCUCGCGGCCAAGCUUGCCGAGUGCGAGCAGCGGCUGCGGGAGAACGACGACGAGAUUGCCAAGCUGCGCCUGCGGGUCAAGGACGUGGAGCGGAGCCGGGAGCGCGAGGUCAGCAGCCUCAACAAGGAGGUGGCCGAGCUCGAGGCGCUCGUCGAGGCGCGCAUCUUCCGCGAGGACGAGCUCGAGGGCGAAAUCGACCGGCUAAAGCGCAAGGUGGGCCAGGAGAGGUCCGCAGCCCCGGUCGUGACGGAGCCCCGCCCGGAAGCAGACGGACGAGGCCCUGCUGAACCCUCGGCGGUUGAAGCCGCACCAAGCGUCGAGGCUCCCGUCCGACGUCGUACCACGAGCCAGAUCGAGCAGGAUUCGCCAACGGCCAACCGGAGAGCUUCGCGGCGGCUCUCUGGUGCUGCGGCGGCUACGUCGGCCGCUCCUUCGGCCUCGACGCUCGAGGGCAAGGCUGGACCGCUGGGCGGUGUCGAAGACGAUGAAGACGACGACGAUGAUGAGAUCGAAGACUUUUGCGGCCUCUGCUCGAAGCGCGGCCACUCGGUCGUCGACUGCAAGCAGCUCGACCAGCCACCGGCCAUGUCGGCCAUGUCGGCUGGGGCCGGGAUCGGGGCAUCGGCGUCGGCGGCGGGACAAUUGGAUGGCGAGGCGUGCGACGACUGCGGCGAACACGGGCAUCGGUUCGAGGAAUGUCCGUACGCCAACGAAAUCUUCUGA